CUCCCCUCUUCAAUCCACGACCGGUCCCGUGCGCCCAGCUCCCUCCCCGCGCGCGUGAUCAGUCAUCGCCGACAAUCGACACCGGCGAAUCUCACCUGGAAAGCAUGUACAACUUGUCCUCCAAUCGAUUUGACGACCGGAAGUCCUGAGUCAAACGCUUAUCAGCUGCCCAUCAUGAGUUCUCUCAAAGACAUCAUGUCUAUAAUCGACCGUACGGGCGCGAAGACGCAGGCGACCGUUUCGAAGCAAGGCCCGCCCGCCGGAGCCCCUAGGCCAGCAUCGCGACCGACCGUAGGGGCAAAUGGCGCCUCGCAAACACCGCAGCUGAAGCGCAAGGCUUCAGGUCCCGUCGAGAGUGGACAAGUCAAGAUACAGAGGAAAGAGGCUGUCGGGGGAUCAGCGCAAGCAAAUGGUGCGGUGCGCGCCACCUCAUCGCCUGCCACGUCGAAACCAACUCCGUCCGCACCUACCACCGCUGUCCCAUAUCGUGGCACUGCUGCACCAGCCUCCUCAAAGCCAGCGAAUCCCCCCGUCCGAAAACCUCUACAGUCGUCAAACGCACCCGCUGCCAAACCGAAGGCUGCAGCUCCUGCACCCAAGCCUGCGCCCCCUGUCACUACCUCAACACCCGCCUCAUCCGCUGCGCCCAAGAAAGGAUACCUUGCUAUGCUUCAGAAAGCGAAAGAGAAGGAUUUGACGAAGCCUAUCGCCCCACCAAUCAAGCAUGAGCCAACAAAGAUCCUUACACGAAAAGAACGCUUGGCACUCAAGGCAGAAGCAAGUGCCGGCGCAAAGGGCAAGAAGCCUGUCGCUGGAUUACCCUCGAGAACACUAGACCCGAAAGCCGAUCCCUCAAAAGACAAGAAGAAGGCCGUCGAGGUUGGCUAUCAAGGCACGGCACGACCGGCCAAGAAGCCUGUCGAAGUUGGCUACAAAGGCACUGCCCGUCCAGCGAGCGCCCCCGCAACGUCUAGUCGAAACGGCACACCAGCUAUCAAGGCCAAACCGAACCCGGGCAAGGGACGCUAUGACGGCUACGCAGACUGGGAUGAGCUUAGUGAGAUGGAGGACGAAGAAGAAGACUAUGCCUCCGACGCUUCUUCUGAUAUGGAGGGUGGUAUCUGGGACGUAGAAGAAGAGGAACAGAUAGCCCUUAAGGUUGCUAAGAAGGAAGACGCGGAGGCACUUGCUGAGGAAAAUCGGUUGAAGCGUGAGAAAGAAGAACGUAAGAAGAAGUUAGCGGCUAUGGCUGCCAAGGCGAAGAAGAGGUUUUGAGGUUCUUCGGCGUUACGGUUUACGAUCACACGGCAUGGGGGCGUUUCAUCUGCAUUCUCGCGGUUGCAUAGCCAUGGAGCGGUUUCUUCUUUUUCAUGGCGCAUUUACGGUUGUUGCAUACCCGGAAGAACGAUCAUGGCUUCACAGUAAGUAUCUCACUGUAAGAGACUACAAUCCAAGUAGUGUAUAUUUAUAACGCCGUCGGUAGUCAUACCUUCAGGCUCCAACAUAUCACGAUACCCUUUCUACUCCGUUCUGACC